UGAAAACCUUUUGACAGGGGGGAAAUUUCAAAAAUAGAGACAGGGCGCAUUGUUCCGCGAAGCUUUUUACCUGGCGUUAAACAGCACCAAAAAUGUAUAGACCGGGGAAAUGCAAGACUCCUCGCAGGCCUGGCAUCAGAAAGGCUUCCCAUACAGAGAAAGAUCCUGUUGGGGUGUACUGUCGUAUACGGCCACUUGGAGCAGACAAUGAGGAAUGUUGCAUUGAAAUGAUCAGCAACUCCACAAUUCAGCUGCAUGCUCCGGAUGGCCUUAAAGCCAACCGCAAUGGAGAAUUCAAAGAGACGCAAUACUCCUUCAAAAAAGUAUUUGGUAUUAAUACCACUCAAAUGGAGCUCUUUGAGGAAGUUGCCAAGCCGCUAGUGGAGGACCUUAUUCAAUGUAAAAAUGGUCUGCUGUUUACAUAUGGUGUCACGGGAAGUGGUAAGACCUUCACUAUGACAGGCUCGCCUGGAGAGGGUGGACUCCUCCCUCGUUCUCUUGACAUGCUGUUCAACAGUAUCGGCCCCUUUCAGGCCAAACGAUUUGUGUUUAAACCAGAUGACAAAAAUGGGAUUGACAUCCAGAAUGACGUUGAUGCUCUCCUUGAGAGACAGAAGCGAGACAAUCAGCCUUUAGUGCCCAAGACACCUUCCUCUAGGCAGAAGGCAGACCCAGAAUUUGCAGACAUGAUCAGUCCACAAGAGGCAUGUAAAGCUGAGAAUGUGGAUGAAGACUGUUGUUACAGCAUUUUGGUGUCCUACGUUGAGGUCUAUAACAACUACAUCUAUGAUCUUCUCGAGGAUGCCCCUUUUGAUCCCAUCAGACCAAAAGCUCCUCAAUCCAGGAUUCUACGAGAAGAUCAGAAUCAUAACAUGUAUGUUGCUGGCUGCACGGAAGUUGAGGUCAAAUCGACAGAAGAGGCAUUUGAAGUCUUCUGGAAGGGUCAAAAGAAGAGAAGGAUUGCCAACACGCAACUGAACCGCGAAUCCAGUCGUUCCCACAGUGUCUUCACUUUAAAGCUGGUUCAGGCACCCCUCGAUGCUGAUGGCGACAACGUUCUGCAGGACAAAAACCAGGUGAAUGUCAGCCAGCUGUGUUUGGUUGACCUGGCAGGGAGCGAGCGCACCAGUAGAACGAGAGCAGAGGGAAGCCGUCUGCGUGAAGCAGGUAAUAUAAAUCAGUCUUUGAUGACUCUGCGAACGUGUAUGGAAGUCUUGCGAGAGAACCAGAUGUGUGGAACCAACAAGAUGGUGCCAUACAGGGACUCGAAAGUGACUCACCUUUUUAAGAAUUACUUUGAUGGAGAAGGAAAGGUUAAGAUGAUUGUUUGUGUCAACCCAAAAGCCGAUGAUUACGAGGAAACAAUGCUCGUAAUGCGGUUUGCAGAGAUGACACAAGAGGUGGAAGUUGCGCGGCCGGUGGACAGGCCGAUCUGCGGGCUCGCGGCUGGACGCAGGCAAAGAAAUCAAGCAUUCAGGGAUGAGCUGUCACAUCGCCUGGAUGAUCGAGGAGCACCCUAUAAUGCUGAUGAUGCCGCUCUGCUCAAUCAACUCAUUGAAAGCUUUCCACCUAUGCCAUCCUGUGAGCUGGUGGACCCAGGAGAUGAUCAGACACUACCACGCCUGAUUGAGGUCCUGGAGAAGAGACAUCACAUCCGUCAGCUGAUGGCAGAGCAGUUCAACAAAGCUGCCAAUAUGCUGAAUUCCAUGCUUCAGCAAUUUGAUGGUCAAUUUGGCAAUAAGGAGAACUUAAUCCAAGACCAGCAAAGCAAACUGAGCGAGAGGGAUAAAGUUAUCAUCAACCAAAAAACAGAACUCGAACGACUGGAAAAAAAGUCCAAGACCCUGGAAUACAAGAUUGAUAUCCUGCAAAAGACAACCGACAUGUAUGAGAGCAACAAACGCUCACUCGAGCAAGAGCUGGAGACUCGUGCGCAAAAGCUCCAGCAGGAACUGUCGGAAAGGAGGCGAAUGGAGCAGCACAUGCAGGGCAUGGUUACAGACGCCAAACUCAAGUGGGAGAAGGAGUGUGAGAGACGGGUGAAUGCCAAGCAGCUGGAGAUGCAGAACAAGUUAUGGGUCAAGGAUGAGAAGCUGAAGCAGCUCAAAGCGAUCGUUUCAGAGAGCAGCCGUGGCAGCAGCAGCAGCAGUAGCACAGAGAGACCAGAGAAACCAGAAAGGCCCUCAAGGGACCGAGAUCGCAAGUAUGGACAGAAGAGGUCGGCCUCUCCAUCACCAGAUCUUCGACAAACACCUUCCCAAGAGAGUCAAGCUAAGAUUAGGGCAGUUCAGGACAAUGCCGCCGCCACCGCCUCCUCCACUUCAUCUUAUCCCUCAGUAGCAUCUUCCAUCUCUGAGUGGGAGCAGAGGUGUCCUGUAGACUCAGCAACCUCCCAGUGUAGAGAAGCGGGGACCCCUCAGUGCAGGAGCCGGACUCCCGCCAUGUGCAAUGACGCCAGCAGAGCGAAUCGCAGGAGAGGCCAUCGCUUUGCCUCGGAAACAGAGGCCCCUGCAACUCGGCUGGUCCACGGACUAGACCUAGAGGCAGGCAUAAGGCCGGCUCAGCAAAUUAAUCCAGUGCACAGACGCUCACACUCUGCAGGUGGGGAGAAAUGGGUAGACCACAAACCAUCAUCUAAUGUCGACCUAGGCACUGUCAUGCAGCCUGUAAUACCCAAUGCAAUCCAAGUAUCUUCCCCGAGCGAGAAAGCUCUGUCUAAAUGCCACAAGUAUGUGCUUAGACAUCAAGAGCUUGCCUCUGACGGGGAAAUUUCAACCAAGUUGAUCAAGGGCAACGUUUUUAGGACCAGAAGUGGUGGCCAGUCCGUAGAAUUUACAGAUGUUGAGACACUGAGGCAGGAGUGCCCAACUGCGCCGAGUCGCAAGAGAAGAUCAGGCUCUGCAGAGGCACCGCAUAACAAGGAGGACCAAGAAAACUGGGCUCCUGUUGCAAGCACAAGUGCUGUACUUGGGCAUCAAAAACGCAGGAAGCCGUGAAGAUUUUUUUUUUCUUCUGAGUAGCAACAAAGCAAGCUGCCUGUUUGCUCAAUGGGACAUUGACAUGAAGGAACAAUGCACGUUUUUUAAACACUUUAUUAUAUUUUGACAAUUUAGAAUAGAAUUAUAAUGGAGUAGUAAGAACAAUUACAUGAAUAUAUAUAUAUAUAUAUAAUCACAACAUGCUGGAUUACUGCUCCUUUUCUUUUUCUUUUUUCCCCCCACCUUUUUUUGAACACCAAAUAGUUGAGUUCAAGCCUUGUAACCAGGAGUGUUUACUGCCGCACAAAUUGAUAUACGUAGAUUUUUUAUUUUAUUUUUUUACUUCAAGGCUGGUGUUGAUGUGCUGGAAAUAAGUAUAAUGAUUUGUCCCCCCCCCCCCAUCUGUUUAGAAAUAUACACAAUAAGACACACUACAGUACUAAUUUUGGUGGCAUUAAAUUCAUUCAACUCAA